AUCAACGAACCCUUCAUCGACGUCAAAUACAUGGCAUACAUGUUGAAGUAUGAUUCAACACAUGGAAGUUUUAAGGGCAAAAUUUCCAUGGACGGUAAAAACUUGAAGAUUAAUGAUCACUCCAUUCAAGUUAUGGCGGAAAAGGAUCCGUCCAAAAUCAAGUGGGGCGAUGCGGGUGUCAAAUAUGUGCUUGAAUGCACUGGAAAAUUCAAUUCGGCCGAGAAGGCGAGUGCACAUCUAAAAGGCGGAGCUAAAAAGGUAAUUGUCUCAGCACCCGUUUCCGAUGCGCCCAUGUUUGUUGUGGGUGUCAACUUGGACUCUUACAAACCCGAAAUGAAAGUAAUAUCGAAUGCGUCCUGCACAACAAAUUGCCUAGCGCCAUUGGCCAAAGUAAUACAUGACAAUUUUGAGAUAUGUAAUGGACUAAUGACCACUGUGCAUGCGGUAACUUCGUCACAGAAAUGUGUUGACGCACCGUCGCCGAAGAAGUGGCGUAGCGGUCGAGGUGCACUACAAAACAUUAUACCCGCAUCAACAGGCGCUGCUAAGGCUGUGGGAAAAGUGAUACCCGCAUUGAAUGGGAAAUUGACGGGUAUGGCAUUUCGUGUGCCCAUUGCCGACGUAUCCGUGGUCGAUCUGACGGUUAGUUUGGGCAAUCCAACAUCACUCGACUGCAUUAAAGAGAAAAUUAAAGAAGCUGCCAAAGGUUCGAUGAAGGGCAUACUCGGUUAUACAGAAGAUGAAAUUGUGUCCUCCGACAUUAUUAACGACGCGCAUUCCUCAAUUUUUGACGCGAAGGCUAGCAUAGCAUUGACAGAGACAUUUUACAAGUUGAUUUCUUGGUAUGACAACGAGUAUGGCUAUUCGUCGCGAAUGAUUGAUUUGGUUAAACAUGUGCAGAAGGCCGACAAGAAUGGUGGAGAUGGUAAAGGAGGUAAAGAUAAGAAAUGCUAACUGAAUAAAAUAGACGGCGAAGAAAAAAUAAAUGAGUAAAAGCAAAAAUUGUUUCGAAGGAAACGAGAACGUUAAUAAGGCUUUUAAAAUUUGUUUGAAUUAAAUAUUUGAGAUUUAUCA